AUUCCAUUUGUAAAUAAACAGACGACAAAUGUCGCCUCUUCUCAACUGGAAAGUCAAAUAAAUAAAUAAAUAAAUGUUUAUUUAGAUACUGCUGCAAUUGAAAGUAAAGGAAACCUCUGCCAUCUACUCCACUGGGCUAGUAAAGACAACAAGAAAAAUAUCUAAGUUAAAGUCAAGAUGUCUGAAGCAGAUGCAAUAUUCAAGGGAAAGAUACAUUACUAUGGAAGAGAGCAGUAUUAUCAGGCAAUGCAAGAUACUUGCAUUGCAGCAUCCAAGAAAUUUGGCAAUGAUCCUGUUUACCGCUUCUACUCAGCAGUAUCUCACCUUCUGCAAGGAUGCACACAGGAGGCUAUAAGACAACUUCAGCCUCUACAGAAUGAUCGUGACAUUAUGCUCGGCACAUUAUUGGCCUUGAUUUAUGCUCACCGACACUGCCAGGUGGUGGAUCGUGAGGCUGUCACACAAUUGGACUCAAAGCUAAAAGAAGAAAGGAAGAAGGCAUCAGAAAUGCCUUUAUAUUAUGCAGGAAUGUUUCUUCUUUUAUCUGGAAAAAUUGACAAAUCUCGAGAGUAUAUUGAUCGCAUGUUGAAACUGAGUCCAGAACAAGAAGAUGGUUUGGUGCUGAAGGGUUGGAUUGAGCUAAUUGCCGGUCGAGAGAGUAAGAAUAGAAACAUAAUGCAAUACUUUGAUACUGUUCUUCAACGUUCACCUCGACACAUGGAUGCUCUCUUUGGCAAAGCAAAGAACUUUGAAAAUCGGAACUCUCAUAAAGAAGCCAUUGAAACUUUAAACCUCCUCGUUGUCGCUUAUCCUGGAUUUACUGCUCCGUUAGUGGAGAAAAUGAAGGUUAAUCUCUCGGAACAGGAUUGGGAUCAGUGCUUGGAAUCUGCUAAUCGUGUUCUAGGUAUGGAUUCACACAACGUAGAAGCGUUAAAAUACAAGACACUGUACUCUCUGUGUCGUCAGGGCAACUAUGAGGAUGCAGCACAGGGUUUACGCAACUUGUAUAGUGAGAUGGACAGAAGUGAACCCAACAAUGCAUCAUUAUUUGUUCACAUGGCUCAGUUAUUUUCAAGGCUGUGUGGAAGAAAUCGUCUUGUGUUAGAAGAAACAUUUAUGAUGGCAAGUAAAGCAGCCAAGGUGGACACAGGAAGUGCGGAGUACCUCACUGAGGUAGGAUAUCAGUGUCUUCUUCAGGGCCGUAACAAGGAGGCUACCAAAUUCUAUAAGAAUGCUACCAAGUUAGAUGAGUCUUCUGUUGCAGCAUUAACAGGAAUCAUUUCAUGCCAGCUUUUAGAUGGUCAAGUGGAUAUUGCAGAACAACAAUUGGAGUUCUUAAAAGAGGUUCAGCGUAGUCUUGGAGCUUCACCAGAUAUCUUGUAUCUGUCUGCUGUUCUUGGUCGCAUGAAGAAUCAACCAUCUGACACAAUUCUAGGAAUGUUGCAUGAGGCUAUUGACAAUCACUUCAAGAAUCAUCGUGGGAUGUCAUUUGGUGCUACAUAUCUAGCAGCAUUGAAUCCUGACUUCUUGCUCCUUAUUGUUAAUGAAUGUCUCCUUUAUGCACCUAAUCAGCCAAGCCCAACAGAAGGAGCAGGUGAGAACAUUCCAGAAGUUGUGAAGAGAGCACUGGGAGUGCUGGAGUCCAUAACACGUGCUUGCCCCGCUCUUCUCCCGGCACUCAUACUGUCUGCUAAUCUAAAGUUCAUCACUGGUGAUUUGAAGGGAGCUGCGACAUCUUUGCAGUAUGUGCUGGAUAACAUAGAUUCAACCAGCUCAGAUGCUCACUUGCUAAUGGCACAGAUCCAGUUGUAUCAAGGAAAUUACAAGCAAGCACAGCAGAGUCUGGAAGUUGGUCUUUCUUACAACUUUGAGGUGCGAGAACAGCCAACCUACCACCUGGUACGAGCACGGGUACUAAAGAAACAAGAGCAGUAUGUUGAAGCAAUUAACACUCUGAGGUCGUGUCUUAAUAUUGCCAAUACUCGACCCACCACAACUAAAGGUAGCCGUAAUAAGGCUGAGAUGACGAUACCUGACAGAGUCUCAGUAUUUUUGGAGCUGUGUGAUGCUUAUCGGCUAAACAAUCAACCCAAUGAAGCAGCCAACAUCAUGACACAAGCUAUGACUGAAUUCCAGGGUACUGGUGAAGAGAUAAGAUUAAAUAUUGCAAGUGCAGACUUGGCCUUGAUGCGUGGGGAUGUAGAACAUGCUUUAUCUAUGCUGCGUGCAGUAGGGCCUGAGCAGCAUUAUUAUCUUCAAGCCCGAGACAAAAUGGCCUCCAUUUAUCUCAACCAUCUCAAAGACAAGCGAAUGUUUGCUUCAUGUUACAGAGAAGUGGUAGAAAAGAACCCUACACCUCAGAGCUUCUUGAUGCUGGGGGAUGCAUAUAUGUCAAUACAAGAGCCUGACCGUGCCAUUGAGGUUUAUGAACAAGCAUUAAAGCGCAAUCCAAGAGACUCCGUUCUUGCAUGUCGUAUGGGCAUUGCACUAGUGAAGACCCAUCAGUACGGAAAAGCUAUUAAUUAUUAUAAGGAAGCCAUUAAAACUGGAAGCAGUAACCAGUUAAGGUAUGAUAUGGCAGAGCUACAAAUGCGUUUGAAGCAGUACGAUAAAGCCGAAAAAACAAUUACACAAGCCUUGGAUGUUGAAACUUAUAAUUCUGUUGACCUGAACUCUAUGCUAUCUCAGGCAAAACUGUUAAAUCUUUUGGCUAAAGUACAUGAACGAGCUGAGAAUUAUGAGCAAGCUCUCUCCACUCUGAGUAAGGGUAAAGACGUGCAGGUUAAGGUGAUGAAGAGGGCACAGGUGGAGCUGCCAGAUACAGUUCCUGAACAAAGACAGUUGGCUGGCAGCAUGUGUGGGAGGAUGGCAGAGCAUGCAGCAAACCAGCGGGACUAUGAACAAGCUAUCAAACUUUACAAGGAAGCUCUUCAGUAUGAUCCAGAACAUGCUCCCACCCUCAUGGCAUUAGCCAAGUUAUACAUGCAAAUAAAUGACUUGGACCAGUGUCAGUAUACGUGCAUGACACUGUUGAGGACAGACAAGGAGAAUGACAGUGCUACAGUGAUGAUGGCAGACUUAUCCUAUAGGAGAAACGAAUAUGACACUGCUAUGUUUCACUUCCAGCAGCUUCUUGAUCGUCGUCCUGCUUACUUCCCAGCUUUAGCACGUCUUGUGGAGGUUAUGAGAAGAACUGGAACUCUUGAUGAAGCUGGGCCCUACUUGGAUCGAGCAGAGCAAGCCAUCCUUAGACCCAGCACAGAUCCAGGCAUUAACUUUUGCAAGGGGCUAUAUGAUUGGUAUUUGGGAAAUCCAAAUGCAGCACUUAAAUACUUCAACAAAGCACGGAAGGACCAAGAAUGGGGUCAACGAGCAAUUUACAACAUGAUAGAAAUAUGUCUCAACCCUGACAAUGACACAAUUGGUGGGGAGACUUUUGAGACAGUGGAUAGUGAAGUAAACCAUUCAGGAGCAAGAGACACUCUGGAUAUGGCCAUCAGAACAGCAGACAAACUACUGAAGGAACUGCACCCAAAGCCCGGGGACCAACAAGUAAGCCUCCAAAUCCUCAGCAACUACCUCUUGCUGGCUACCAAGCAAAAAGCCAAUGCUGAAAGAGCACUGCAGGAAUUUAUGGAUAUUGCAAGUCAAGAGAGUUACAAGGACCAUAUUGGAGCAAUACUUGGGAUGGCUACAGCAUACAUGAUACUUAAGCAGACACCACGUGCUCGAAAUCAACUUAAACGCCUUGCAAAAGCUGUCUGGAACUUCGAGGAUGCUGAAUAUCUUGAGAGGUGCUGGUUGCUCCUAGCAGAUAUAUAUGUUCAGACAGGAAAAUAUGACAUGGCAACUGAACUCCUAAAGCGUGUCCUGCAACACAAUCGUUCAUGUAUGAAAGCCUAUGAGUACAUGGGCUUCAUUAUGGAGAAAGAGCAGAGCUAUCGUGAUGCUGCUUACAAUUAUGAACAGGCCUGGAAGUUUAGUGGGAACACAAACCCUAUGAUAGGUUACAAAUUGGGCUUCAAUUACAUGAAAGCAAGACGUUUUGUUGAUGCAAUAGAUGUGUGCCACGUUGUCCUUGCCAAGCAUCCUGAAUAUCCACGAAUACGUAAAGAUAUUUUGGACAAGUCCCGAUCCAGCAUCCGUAUAUAAGUAGGAUCAGAAAUGAAAAAAUUAAAAUGUAAUCUCAUUUGGAUAUGGCAUGAUGUAUCAAAAUGACACUUUGAUACAUCAUUCUCUACCUAGUGAAAGUUUAGAACAAUUAAUAUGCAAUGGUCUAUUUCUGUUCUUUUUCACACUUCAACAUAAAAAAGUCAUGUUAUGGAAUUGUAUCAUAAAGGCUUUCUUUACUGUUCUAUCCAACAGUAAACCCUCAGGCUACAAAAUUCCAAAAUGCAACUUUCCCAUGCAUGUGGCAGAAAUAAAUAUAUUAUACAUAUUAUAUAGUAGUAGUAGAUUUAUUUUAUUUGAAAGUUUAUUAAUGAUGAAUUAUAUAAAACAUUAUCCAUCAUUUCCAAAGUGAUUAUAUAUAUACAUAUAAUAUAUUCUGUGCUAUCCAGUCUGGGUCUUGUUAGACGAUAUCAUUCCAUUUAGGGCAGGGUGCCGACAUGCACUGGUGCAGUAAAGCGAGAUCACUAAAUGGCAAUUUCAGUUAUAGCUAGCACAGAUCUCUGGGCAGGAUGAGCUCUUCUGUGCCUCCCUAGCACCAGUAUGACGUAAAAGGGACAUUUGAAAAAGCUUCUUCUUGAGCCAUUAAAGAAUGUUGCCUUCCUUGACUCGCACAAUCCUGUUUAGUGCAAUUAGAAAGGAUCUUGCCUAAGGAAGAUUCAUUUUUCUGUUCAGAAAGGAACUUUUCAUACUCAAAGUAGAUUUAUUUUCUUUGAAAGUUUAUUAAUGAUGGAUUAUAUAAAAUAUAAUCCAUCAUUUCCAAAGUGAUUAUUAUGGGACAUUUUUAUGUUUUCUAUACAAAAUAUAUGAAAACAGAAAAAUAGUCAAAUAAUUCUCCAUCACAGUACAGUUUUAGUAUACAUUAUUAUAAUUCUAAUGGAUUUUGAUAUAUUUGUUUUUAUCUUUAUUUAUAUAUACAAGAAUUCUUACAUUCUUAUACAGCCACUAGCAUGCAUAGCAUUUCGGGCAAGGUCUUAAUCCUAAUUUUCCCCGGACUACAACCCACCGAAUCGUAAUCGAAUCGAAACCCAUUCACUGCUGGUGAACAGAGGCUACUGUUAAGGACGGGCGUCAAGUAAAUCCGCCCCGGCCAGGAUAUGAACCCAGGCCAAAGCGCUUGCGAAGUGCCGAGUGAGAGUUUUCCCACUGCACCACAGGGACUGCUCGAGUCCCUGUGAAAUUUUAUUUUGAAACUAUAUGCAUGUUUUUGCCAUUUAUGUACAAAAAUUAACACUCGCUUAUAUAUUGAUAUUACUGUACUGUAUUUAAUUUUAAAUAUAUUGUUCUAGUCAUUUAGGAUGGCUGUAUAGGUAAAAAAAGGCAAAAAGGCAUUUCGGUGUCAUUAACAUUAGCUGUAAAGAUUAAUUGGUUGGCUAUUGUGAAUAGCCUGCCAUAAGUGAAAUAUCUUAUAGCAGCCUAAGGAUUAAUAAGUAUGAAUUUACACACAUGAAUCUCUGGAAAUGUGAUGAAGAUCCAUUAAUUUAGAAACAGUUGUGAAUCAUGUUUAUAGGACCUAGCCAUACCAGAUUGUAAAUUUAAUUUCUUUUAGAAAGAAAAGUAAAUAUUAGUAAAUUUAAUACAUGCAUAGCAUUUCAAGACCAAUAUUUAAACAAUUCUUUCCAUGUAAUUCAACAUUUAGUUUGAAAUUCCCAUUUUGUAUGAUGUAAAGAUUAUAUCAAGCUGCCAAGUAAAAUCAUAUUGUUGGUUGCAGUUUUUUGCAUUUAUAAAAGGCAUACAUUAUUGGUUUGACUUUCAAAAUAAUAACAUAAAACUGCUCUUUUUCCUGAUGGUAUAAACCCUCUUUUAUCUCAUUAAUUAAAUAAUAUUUUGUUGAUUCAAAGUUUACUGAAAAAUAUUAAUGAUUAGUUUGCAAAUUGAUUAUUAUAGCACCUGCAGCAAGGUUAAGAGCUAUAGAUACAAUGGCCCACGGGCCUAUACCCACACCCAUGAGCCAUUGUCAUAUUUAGAGGGAAAAUAAUAACCAUAUAUUGAUUAUUUUAACAUCACAGUCUUAAAACAGAUACAAGUUGUAUCUAUAGUGCACAAUGUCACGAGCAACCCUGUCGGCUGCAUGGUUCUAUAUCAUAAAUCAAUUGAAAACUAGUAUAAAUUGGAAGGUUUAUAAACAUGCCUACUACUAGUAUAGAUGAAAACAAACAUGACCUUCAAGUGCUAUAGUCAUAAUACCUUAGCCCUUUCUCCUUAUAAUUACUUACCUUUUGUUACAGUCAUGUGCAUAAGUAGUUUUAAAUCAUGGGCACGUUGAGAGCGAUGUCAACAGGCACAAACACAUUUAGUGAAGCACAUCAUAAUACUGUAUAAACAUUUGAAUAAUUUUAUCAUGGUGGACAAAUAUGAAGUUUCUUACUGGAGAGUGUCAAGGUUUUUGUUUUGACAGUGCAGACUUGCACUACUGGAGCCCACCAGCAUUAUUACUCCCACACAGUCCCAGACCCUCACAUUUAUUAAGCUUUGGUUUUAAUUUAGAACCUAAAACAGUGUAUUGAAUUCAAUAUUGUUGUAUAACCAUUAUUUAUUGUUGUAUAGCCAUUAUUGAGUAAAUGGAAAUUUUUUAUUUAAUUUCAAAAACAAAAAAUUAAAUUAUAAUUUCUCGUCCGUAAAUAUAAUACAGUAAAAUAAUGCAACUCACCAUCACUUAGCUGUUUGCUAAAAGUGCACAUUUGCCUUAUGAGUUUCUUUACUCUCAAAUUUAAAAUUGUGCACUUCUUCACAACAUGUUCCAAACAGCUCAUAUUUAUUUAAUAAUCUAUUAAUUAUUAUUGCGUCAAAAUAUAUUAACUAUAUAGAAUUCAUUACAACUUGGAAACACUCACAAGUGUUAUAUAUGUAUGUAUGUACAAUAAUUUAUUUGUUGAACAUGAUGAGACAAAAUGGCUGACAGUGUUGUAGUGACCUCUCACCUUGCAAGCAACAAAGCCUACUUCCAAACCUCAGCCAGGGUAAGGCAAUUGGGUACUGUUGUUUCUUAUGCACCCAGCAGCAAUUUGCCCAGAUAUAAAAUGACUGGUAGGAAAUGUUCAUAAGGAAUUGGUUCUAAUAAGUGUCCCAUGACCUAAAUCCCAACUUGAAAAUAAUGGCAUGCAAAAAUCAAGUAUUAUUAAAAAAUGUCGAGUGACUUAUGCUAUUCGUUGAAAGUUUAUACUAUUGUAUUGCUGUUGAGUACUAUUAACUCUCAGCAGAUGACACUCUUAUUUAUUAGUAUUUAGAAAUUGGUAUAAUAAAAUUCUUUGAUCUAGUCAUUACAUAUUAAAACUGGUUUGAAUGCAUGACAACUUUUGUGCAAUCUAUUCCAUCCAUAAAUGUGAUAAUGCACAAGUCAGUAUUUGUAAGCACUGCCAUACACAAAUGAUAUUUUAUUAUUGUCAACACUGAGGUCCUAAUUUCUUACAGCAUAAAGUAUUUUGUUAAAUCUGUCUGAUAUCAUUGCUGUACUUUUGAAUUACAGGCAAAACAAUUUCUUUGUAUGUACACAAUAAUGAAAAAUCUCUUCAUAAAAAUAAUUAUACUAUAAUGUAAUGCAUUUCCAAAAUAUAUUUUAGAAAAAAUAA